UAUGAGGACAUGCUUGUUUAUUUCAGUUUCCAUAUCAGGUGAGCAGGAGGUUAAAUGUGUUUCUAUUCUUUACAGACUGAUACACAUCCUCUUUUCUCCACAGAGCUACACAACACAUUCAGAAGAGAAUUUACACAAUCAUCCCACCAUAUCAAUUUCAGGUGAAUUGUCAACAUUUUCAUUUAUAAAUGAGCAACAUGGAGAGCAUCAUCAUGGAGCAACCUCAACAAAUUAAUAUGAUACUGCUGGGCAGUACUGGAGCAGGAAAGAGUGCAUCAGGAAACACCAUCAUAGGAGAUGAUAGAACACCAUUUGAAGAAGAUUUUUCUUCUGCAUCUGUGACUAAAACAUUUGACUCAGCACAAACAGUGGUGCAUGGACAAACAAUCACUGUGUUCGACACUGUAGGAAUCUCCAAUACAUCAAAGAAGAUUACAGAUGUGCAAACUGACAUAGAGAAUAUAUUACAGAGUACACCGCAUGGUUUUGAUGUGUUUCUGCUGGUGAUCAAACUGGGUCAGACAUUCACAGAGGACAACUCUAAAGUUGGGCAGUGGAUCAAAAAUAAUUUUGGAGCAAAGGCCUUACUACACACAGUGCUUUUUACUCAUGGAGAUCAGUUACAUGUGUCAAUAGACAGAUAUAUCAAAAAAUGUGAAUCACUGAAGUCAGCAGUUCAUCAGUGUUCAGGAGGUUCUCAUGUUUUUAAUAAUAAAGAUAAAGAUAGAGCUCAAGCCAAGGAACUUCUGAAAGAGAUAAACAAGCUGAGGCAAACUCCCGGAUACAAAAGAUACACUGCGCAGGACUAUAAGGAGGCUCAGGAUAAGAUUAGACAUAAAAAAUACGGUAUUAGUGCAGCAGUUGGAGGAGCGGGUGGUUUAGGAGGAGCUGUAGUAGGAGCAAUAGCUGCUAAAGUAGGAGUAGUUGCAUUAACUGCAGGAACGGCAGCAGCAAUAGGAGCAACAGGAGGUGCAGCUCUGCUAGCAGUAGCAGCUGGUGCUGGUCUGCACUUAUUUACAAGAAAAUGUACCCUGAGAUAAUAAAGUGACUAAAUGCAUAGCUAAAAUAAACUCUUGUAGAUAACAUCAGUAGAGCAAAACUACUGAAAUGAGCACAUUAAUUGUCAAAAUUGAUCAUUAUCAAUGAUGCUUCUAAUCAUUGUGGGUUUGCAAGGAGAUCAUGUAUGGAAAUGGUGAAAGACUGGAAUGAAGGUCAGUCGAUGAUCAUGUCAUGUUUGAAACAAUAUCAACAUUAAAUAAAACAUAUUCGACUU